AUAUCUCAAAUUUAAAUCAUGAAAAAAUGCGAUUUUUAUUAUAAAUAACGUAAAUUCUAAAUCGGAAAUAAGUAAGGCGAAAGUUUGGGCAGUUGUGCUCUGUUUCCAAAUAUGACGAUGACAGAGAGAGAGGAGCCUUUGACGCCGGCCGGCCGAUUAUUCAUCCAGCCGGAGAUGGACCAAGUCAUCAAUUGCGCCAUUUCCAUCGACGAUCCAAUCGACGUUGACGCCGUCAAAUUGGAAAUAAGCAAUUCCAUAUUAGUUAAACAUCCUAGAUUCUCCAGCAUCAUGGUCAAAGACUCAUGUAGCCGCGAAAGAUGGCGUAAAACUGAAGUUAACGUGGAUGAUCACUUCAUUAUCCGCCGUGAACCACUCACUGAUGAUCCUUCAGUUUCCGAUGAAGAUGCCGUUAACGAUUACGUAGCGGAUCUCUGUGUUUCGACUCCGCUUAGUUUAACGAAGCCCCUUUGGGAAUUUCAUCUUCUCUUAGCUCAUAAUUGUGCCGUUUUGAGACUUCAUCAUGCUCUUGGUGAUGGAAUUUCACUUAUGUCCAUGUUCAUGUCUUGUUGCCGGAGAGCCGAUGAUCCUAAUCAGCGCCCGACAACUCAUGGGGUUGGGACUUCGAGUUCAUCAAAUGAUCGCAAGGUAUGGAGCUUGUUGAAGAAGUUGUUGAAGGUGAUAUGGUACACGUUGGUGUAUGUUAUAGAGUUUGGUUUGAGGAGUUUGUGGUUGAAGGAUAAGAGGACAGCCAUAAGCGGCGGAGCUGGAGUUGAGCUAUGGCCGCGGAAACUGGCGACGGCCAAGUUCAAGAUUGACGACAUGAAGACGGUUAAAAAUGCCAUCGCUAAUGCUACUAUCAACGAUGUCCUCUUUGGAAUCAUUUCACGUGGGCUCUCUAGGUACCUGGAUCUGCGUUCACCCAAAGCUAUGAAAGAAGGGUUUCAGAUGACUGGAGUUGCCAUGAUCAAUUUAAGAAAACAAUCUGGAUUACAGGACAUUUCAGAGCUGAUGAAGAGCAAAUCGGGAGCACGGUGGGGUAACAAAUUUGGGAUGCUACUGUUACCAGUUUAUUAUCACAAAGGAGGAAGUGAUCCAUUGCAGUUUGUAAAGAGAGCUAAAACAAUGAUAGACAAGAAAAAGUUAUCACUAGAGGGUCCUUGCUCCUACAAAAUUGGAGACUUUAUCAUGUCCUUUUUUGGUCCUAAGCUAGCUAGCUUGCUCAACUACAGAAUUAUUAGCAAUACAACUUUCACAAUCUCAAAUGUGAUCGGCCCUCAAGAGGAUAUCACCUUCGGAGGGAACCACAUAUCAUCUGUUAGAGUCACUUCUACUGCCCUGCCCCAUGCAAUCACAAUGCACAUGGUGAGCUAUGCAGGAAGAGCUGACAUGCAAAUAUUGGUGGCCAAAGACAUCAUCCCUGAUCCCAAAGUUCUAGCCAAGUGUUUUCAGGAUGCCUUACUGGAAAUGAAGGAAGCUGCUCAAGCUGUUGCCAAAGAUUAAAGGAUAUAACUUAUACACAUCGACACGUAAAGAACUCUUUUUCUUACACUAUCAUUGUAAUUUAGGAAGGAUAUGUAAUUUAGAGGUACCGUUACUUGUAAAAGAGUUGAGACAGAAGUUCCUGUCUUACUCUUUGUUGUUAUUAUUGGACUGUAAAUUACUCCUAAUGAAUUGGCGCACAUUCAUUGAGGCCCCUUUCUGAGUAUUUCUUCUUUCUUCCUUCCAA